UUUGGAAUAAUGUUUGUCGACGAUUUGAAAACGACUAGAAAAAUAUGUUUGGCUAUUUUACUCGGAGUUAUUCAGUUGAUUAUUAUUGCCUCUUUCGGAGCAGGAUGGACAUCAGGGAAUCACUGGUAUAAAUUGUUUUACGGACUACCAGGAAUGACGGCACCUUACUCAACAAUUAUUCCAUAUCCAUCGGGAGCUGCUUGGUGGUAUGGAUUGACAGCAAUUGUUAUGUACUUACUGCUGUUCAUUUGUGCUUUUUAUGUUUUAUUCACUGUUGCACAAGUCGUUUUUCCCGAUCGUAUUCCGUUCGAUCUGAAAAUGAUUGUCUUUAUUGAUGUUAUAUUCGCGUCAAUUGUUACAAUUAUGCUUCUCAUUGCUUAUGCCUUCUUUGCAGGAGGGUAUAACGGAGUAACAAAUAUUAAACUGGUUGGAGUGGGAUUUGGAUAUUGCUUCUGGAUGGCCGUUGCCUCAUCAAUAUUUUCAUGUUCAGUUGUAAUAAUAUCCGGUCUGAGCUGGUAUCGUAAUAAUUAGUCUCUCAAUGUUUUUCAAAUUGCUGAACUCGGAAAUUUAUAUACUUUAAAAAAUUUUGUACAACAAAAAUUAUUUUAUUUAUUCAUUUGUAUUCUAACCCAAAACAUUGACUUUUUCGUGUUUCUUGUUUUUUUUUUCGAAUUACAUAUUUAUUCGUGAUCACAAUAAACACA